AUGAAAGAUUGUGUAACACAGGCACCAUCUCUGCCGCAAUAUCCCUAUUACUCGCCAACAUAUACUCAUCAUCAAUAUAGAUCGCCAGCAUGGCAUCAUGCACUUUCAUCUCCGUCUCAUCAUUAUGAUCUAUCGGCAUUAUCUAGAUCACCUUAUCGUUAUACACCUACAACACAUUAUUAUCCUUCACAUAUAAAUGGCAGAUCUCCUCAAUAUCAAUCGAAUAGUCAAAUUCAAUAUGUUGAAGAUGAUGAAGAUGGACGAUCGGAGGAAGGUGAUGAAUCAGAUUCACCAAAGCCGUUUGAUAAAAAAAUGUUUAUCGGUGGACUUUCAUGGCAAACAACCCCAGAAAAUUUAAAAAAUUAUUUUACUCAAUUCGGUGAAGUAUUAGAAUGUAUGAUUAUGAAAGAUGCGAUUACAAAACGGUCAAGAGGUUUCGGUUUUAUUACAUUUAAAGAAGCUAAUUCGGUUGAUAAUGUUCUAGCUAAAGAAAUUCAUAUGUUGGAUGAAAAACAGAUUGAUCCCAAGCCGGCCUAUCCUCGUCAAAAACAUCCUAAAAUGGUGACACGAACAAAGAAGAUCUUUGUUGGAGGAUUAUCAGCUAAUACAACUGUUGAAGAUGUUAAAAAAUAUUUUGAACAAUAUGGAAAAGUAGAAGAUGCUAUGUUAAUGAUUGAUAAACAAACAGCACGUCAUCGAGGUUUUGGUUUUGUCACUUGGGAAUCUGAAGAUGUUGUUGAUAAAGUAUGUGCCAUUCAUUUUCAUGAAAUCAACAAUAAAAUGGUUGAAUGCAAAAAAGCUCAACCGAAAGAAGUUAUGUAUGCUCAACAGAUGGCUAAAGGAAAAGCAGCUUUACAACGCGGUGCCUAUGGUGAUAUACUCAGUGCUUAUGUAUAUGGCUUAAACCGAAGUAUUCCAACAACCUAUGCAACACCAAUCUAUCCAUUUUCACCUGCUACAUCAUGA